AUGGCGGACCCGAGGGGAAUGUUUUUGCGGGAGCUGGAGCGCAGUGAUGGGACGGUUCUGGCGAUUCAGCAGCUGAGCUCCGGAGACGUAGGCUGCGUGGUGUGGGACGCCGCUAUCGUACUAUCCAAGUUCCUGGAGGGCGAGGAGUUUGUGGGCCCUGGAUUCCAUAAGCUGAGGGGGAGAUCGGUUCUGGAGCUGGGGUCUGGCACCGGCAUUGUAGGGAUCAUGGCGGCAACCCUCGGGGCAGAUGUCACGUUGACGGAUCUUGAAGACUUGAAGGACUUGAUGAACGUGAACAUUGAAAGCAACAAGGAUCUAAUCACCGGUAGCUGCCGAGCGAAGGUACUAAAAUGGGGUGAGGAUGUCACAGAGUUCCUGCCUUCACCUAACUACAUUUUGAUGGCGGACUGCAUAUACUAUGAAGAGUCCUUGUGUCCGCUGCUGAAGACCCUUAAAGAUCUCUGUAGCCUGGAGACUUGUAUCCUGUGCUGUUACGAACAAAGAACCACUGGGAAAAACCCUGAAAUUGAAAGAAGAUUUUUUGAGCUGCUGGGGGUUGACUUUGAGUUUGAAGAAGUACCUUUGGAGAAACACGAUGCAGAGUACCAGAGUGAAGACAUUCAUAUCCUGAGAGUUUAUAAGAAAAAAUAGGCCCCAGCCGCGUGGCCAGCUUUGACUGCUUGCCACCAUUAAGCACAAGCUGCAGCAGAUCCAGAUGCCUCCAACCUGGUCACAGCCAUUCACCGGUUUUAUGGCGAUGGAGAAAAUGUGACGUCCAGGACCAGCGAGCGAAGCCCUGGAAAACGGUGCUGCUAGACAAGGAGCAAACUGGCACCGACUCUAUUGCUGGAAAAUAAUCUGUGGAUUAAGGCUGGAUCGCUUAUUCAGUUAAUGAAUGUGCUGUAACCAGCAAAUGUGUAAAUUAAAAUGUUAUUCAAACUUUUUUAUUCCCAGUUAAGUUCAAAAGGUUCAUUUUUUUUUUUUUUUUAUUUUGCAAUAUAAAACGGUGAGAUCAAUAACGGCCGCCUUCUGUUCCCUUGCAAGCACGCUGUGUUUCGGAAAUAAAACGGAUUCUCUUUCAAUAAA